ACUGCCCAAUAUCAAAAUUUAGCAGCUAACUGAAGAUGGGUCACUGGUACUCAAAAUUUGGUUCUUCCGGUUUUAACUCCUCGUCUACAGCCGAACAUGUCACCGAGGGGAUCGACGCGAUAGGUCUCACUGCGAUUGUCACAGGUGCAACAAGUGGCAUUGGGACAGAAAUAGCAAGAGUAUUGGCUCUAAAAGGGGUCAAAGUAAUUAUACCUUCAAGAGAUUUGAAGAAUGGUUUGAAGAUAAAAGAAAUGAUACUCCAAGAAAAUCCUAAAGCGAAGCUUGAUGUCAUGGAGAUGGAUUUAACAUCCAUCAAAUCCAUCACUUCUUUUACUCAAUCCUUUAUUUCUUCAAAACAACCCCUAAAUAUCCUCAUCAACAAUGCUGGUAUAUUUGCUUGUCCAUUCCAGCUCUCUAAAGAUGGAAUAGAGCUGCACUUUGCUACCAAUCACCUAGGACAUUUCUUACUAACGAAGUUGUUAAUGGAUGAGCUGAAAACCACAGCCAAAAAAACCGGCAUAGAAGGAAGAAUAGUCAAUGUAUCUUCCACUGCUCAUAGUUACUCGAAGGAGGAUUCUUUGCUUGAUCUUGAGAUCAUAAACGAUCCCACAAAGUACAAAAAAUAUGAUGCUUAUUGUCGAUCCAAGCUUGCAAAUGUUCUACAUGCAAAUGAGUUAGCUAGGAUUUUGCAGGAAGAGGAAGCAAACGUGACGGCAAAUUCUCUACACCCUGGAAUUAUAGCAACUAAUAUAUUUCGAUUUAUGAACUUUAGAGGCAUUAUGUGGCAUGUACUGGCAGUAAUAUCGAUGCCUUUCAGGAAGAGUAUACCCCAGGGUGCAUCAACAAUUUGUUAUCUUGCUCUUCAUCCAGAUCUGAAAGGUGUUACUGGAAAGUAUUUUAGUGAUUGCAAGGAAACACUUUCAUCGCCACAAGCCAGAGAUAUAGAUCUGGGGAAAAGGCUUUGGGAAUUCAGCAUGGAUUUGCUAAAUAACCACAAUGGUCCGAAAUGAAAACCAAAUGUACGUAAUUCGAAUUAUCACAUGUGUAUUAUGCCAUGAAACGAUCUGGCAUCUCAUUUGAUAACUUGCAAUCUUAUUAUGAGCGUGGGACCUUGGCCCAUAUGUGUGAGCCCCAUAUAUAUAUAUGGAAAAUGAUUGGUGUACCGUGGAGGAAACCCCGUGACUGCACUGUGUGAGAGAGGAAAAAAAGAUGGACCCCACCUUUAGCCCCAUCCCUGUAAAUCUUUUUCAAGGCUGCUCUACAAUUCUUGGAUUUUUUUGCGGUGCAGAUCGUGGUACACAUCUUUGAUGUGUGUAUCAUUACCGUAUAUAUUUAUGUAAUUUGUUUUUUCUUAAAUAACGAAAAAGAAAA